AUGAGAAGCAUCUGCUGUCAAUAUACUGGCACAGCAUUCACGGGAAGCGCAGGAUUUGAGAACAACAGCUUCAUUGUCAACGAAACCCAUGCAGAAGUAUCUACAUCACAAGUUUCACUGGCUUCCAAUACGCAAAGUUCUCCACAAACUAUCGAUUCAAAUUUAUUCGAUUCAUUCUUCUCAGGUUUGGGCUCCUGGGACUUGACACAGCAAGCAAAUCUCGCUCUACGCUCUCCUCAUCGUGAAUUCACCCUGGACGCAUUCUCUUUGAAUGAUAGCAGUGAUAGCAGUCCCCCAGAGUUGAUUCCGCUCUCCUCAGGCCCAUUACCUCGCCUUGGAGCAGAGGAAGUCACCAAUUCAGCAGCCCUAGCUAAUCAUAGCAUGGAGCUCAUCUUCCGAGUUCUUCGGAGUUGGCCAAGAAUGCUAGCCGAAGACUUUCAGCUACCACCCAUAUUCCACUCCACUCACAUCACACCAAAUAAGACAUUGCCCGCCCCGUUGGCAAACUGCAUAACAUUAGCCAAAAUGUGGCACGGUCAAUGUGAAGGCGCAGAGGAGAUGGUCCGUAAAACAAUCCUCCGAGAGCUAGACAGCAUCGUGGAUCACUCCGAGCAAUUUGACGAAACAACCCUGUUGGCGGUCUUGCAAUCAGUGGUCAUCUACACAAUCAUCCUCCUCUCCCCGGCAGGAAGCCAACAGCGCCUUAUGACAGACCAUCAUAUCAUCUUUCGCAAAGUCGAGCUGCUAGUUUACCAAAUUGUCCACGCAGGUCUUUAUCUCCAGGAAGAGCGUACUCAGAAACAACCAUCCUGGGAAGCAUGGCUCCAUGUCACGUCGAAGCGUCGUGCGGUGCUUGCGCUGUAUCUACUUCACUGGGCAUACUCUGUCCUACACAAAGUACCAUGCUUUGACUGCACGGAUCUGGGGUUUAUGCCCGCGCCAGCUGCAAAGGUUCUUUGGCAGGCACAGACAGAACAAGAAUGGAACACGAGGUAUAUCCACUGGUUGUCGCGCUGGAAUGGCCAGGGAUAUCUGCAAGGUGAGCUUGGCAAGAUCCGACCGGGUAUUGUCAUGAAUCCAAGAGCAGAAAGGUGGCUGGAGGAAACUGACGAGUUCGGGUUUAUUAUGAUCUCAAUUGGUAUUUCAUUCACACCGUGUCUUUGA